AGGAGCCCGAGAUAAGUUUGUGACUUCAUAACCCUUUAUCCUUUCCGCAGGUAAUGCGGUAUUGCGGUGCGGUGAUUCCACUGGACGAGGUUUCGACUUCGAGCCCAAGGGUUUAUAGAUUCCGACGAAAGGAAGCCGCAUAUACUCUGUUACUGCUAUUCCUGGAAUGCCGGGCGCAUUUGGUUGCUUGCCGAGCCAGAUUUCUUCGACUACCAACGUGCAUGAUGGCACACCUGCGCGUCGUAAGAAGGAUCAGAGUCAAUUUUAUUUUGUAAGAUUUCGCCUUCCACCAGCAAGGAAGCUUAGGUCUUAUGCAAAACUGAAUUUUGAGGUUAAAGCUGUGCCUGUUAAAUCAGAAGCGAGGAAAUCAUCAAAGUCGGUUUCAUAUGGAGGCUGCAUCCCGUCGAUGUUGCUAGCACUGGAAACUUGUGAAGAUCUGGAUGAGGCUUUGAAGCCAUGGGAAGAGAAUCUUAACAGCAAGGAGAGGACCAUCAUCCUAAAAGAGCAAACAGAUUGGAAGAGGGCUCUAGAAAUCUUUAACUGGUUCAAGAGAAAGGGCUGCUACGAACUGAAUGUGAUUCACUACAAUGUUAUGCUAAGGAUCCUUGGGCAAGCACAAAACUGGGAUCUCAUUGCGUCAUUAUGGAGGGAGAUGCAGGCAAAUAGAAUAACUCCCACAAAUUCAACGUACGGUACAUUAAUCAACGCUUACUGCAAAGGUGGCUUGAGCAAGGAAGCGCUUGUUUGGUUGAGCGAUCUAUACAAGCAAGGAAUGGAACCAGAUGAAGUGACAAUGGGAGUUGUUCUUCAGACAUAUAAGAAGGCUGGUAGCUUUCAAAACGUGGAGCAAUUUUUCAAAAGGUGGUCAUCUGAUGUUUUUGAUGAUUGUGAAUCUCAAAAGUGUUACAGCUUAUACACGUACAAUACAUUGAUUGAUACUUAUGGUAAAUCAGGGCAGUUUGAGAAAGCUUCAAGAACUUUUGCACAAAUGUUAAGGGAAGGUAUUGUUCCAGACAUAGUUACAUUCAAUACAAUGAUUCAUAUGUAUGGCAAUAAUGGUCUGUUAGAAGAGGUUUCUGCAUUGAUGAUGAUAAUGGAUGAAUACCAAUGUGCUGCUGAUACAAGAACAUAUAACAUACUUAUCUCCAUUCAUCUAAAGAUCAAUGACCUCAGCAUAGCAGCUGGUUACUUUUCUAAGUUGAAAUUGGCCGGUCUAGAACCAGAUGUUGUCAGUUAUCGCACUCUUUUAUAUGCAUAUUCUAUAAGAAACAUGGUUGGGGAAGCUGAAGCUCUUAUUGUGGAGAUGGAAUCUCAAGGCCUUGAGAUUGAUGAGUAUACACAAUCAGCUUUGACUAGGAUGUACACAAAUGUAGGAAUGAUGGAUAAAUCUUGGUCUUGGUUUGAAAAAUUCAGCGAUAAAAUGAAUCCAGAAUGGUUUGCUUCCAAUAUCGAUGCUUUUGGAGAGCAAGGACACGUUUUUCUUGCCGAGAAAGCUUUUGCUUGUUGCUUAUCCAGGCAAAAGUUGAGUGUUCUCACGUUCAAUGUUAUGAUAAAAGCGUAUGGAACACAAAGGAACUAUACCAAGGCUUGUGAGUUGUUUGAUGACAUGAUAGAGUAUGGUAUUCAUCCUGACAAGUGCACAUACAGUUCUCUAAUACAUAUUUUAUUGUCUGCUGAUCUACCUCAUAAAGCAGUAUGCUAUUUACGAAAAAUGCAAGAGGGUGGCUUUGUUAGUGACUGCAUUCCUUAUUCAGCGGUGAUGACUAGUUUUGUCAAGCUUGGUGAAAUACAAAUUGCAGAAGAUAUAUUUAAAGAAAUGGUGAGCUUUGGAUUUCAACCCGAUGUUGUUGCUUAUUCCAUUCUAAUAAAUGCAUUCACUGAAGUUGGAAAUGUUUCCAAUGCUUUGAAGUAUGUUGAUGCAAUGAAGAGGGCUGGAGUUGUUCUGAACCCAGUAAUUUGCAACUUGUUAAUCAAAUUUUAUGCAAAAAAUGGAUAUUUGAGAGAAGCACAAGAAGUAUAUGAACUAAUAAAAGUUUCUGAGAAUGGUCCAGACAUUUAUGCUUCAAAUUGCAUGAUUAGUCUUUAUUCUGAGAAUACUAUGCUGAAUGAGGCAGAAGCUAUCUUUUGCGAUUUGAAAAACAGUGGAAAGGCAAAUGAGUUCUCUUAUGGGACUAUGCUGUGUUUGUACAAAAAACUGGGUCAUCUUUGGGAAGCUGAUCUCAUUGCGCAAGAUAUGCAAGCCUUGAAAUUGCUAUCCAGCACAGUCAGUUGCAACAGUUUAAUUGCAUUAUAUGCAACUAAUGGGAGAAUGAAGCAGGCUGUAGAGAUAUUCCAUUACAUGUUGACCACUGGGAUACAACCUGAUGAGUCUACAUUCAAGACAUUUGGGCAUGCUUUGCUUAAAUAUGGAGUUUCCAAAGAAGCUGUAAAUCGACUAGAAUCAAUGAAAGCAGAAAAGUCCAGAGUUGGCUUGGAUGCAUGGAUUGAUGCCUUAUGCUCGAUCUUCAGGCUGGAUUCUGUGGACCUAAAGCAGGCAAGUAGAAAUAUGAAUUGCUAUAUUAAAAACCUUAAAUUGUAAGCAUGUGCAGUGUGCAGUCAUGAGUGUGAUCCAUUGAAGGAAGAAGGAACCGUGGGCAACUUCAAUGAUGUUGGCUAUGUAUAAUUAUAGAACCUUGAUUCAGAAGCUUUGACAUCAGAAUCUAGCCUGCAAUGGAUGGCUUCCAUUUAUUCUGGAGGCCUAGGCCUUUCUUGUCUCAGGGUCCAGCGUCCAAUAUUGUCAAUGUUAAAUAACUUGAAGGAUGAGAGCUUGGAACUCGACGCCGAUGGACUAAUCUUCACUCUGAAAAAUCUACGCUGACAGGAUGCGGAAGAAAUCUUUUACAAUUUGAAACAUGGUGGAAAGGCAAAUGAGUUCUUGAGUUUCCACAAGCAAUUUGGUCUUCUUCAACCAGACAUCAUUGCUUCAACAAUGCAAAUAUUUCAGACUGCAAACCACAGCACCGUGAGAUGUUUAGUUUCUGGAACAGUGAAGCAAGCAAGUUAUACCGCACGUGAUUUAUCUCCUUUCACAAUCUGGGGGCAUCUAGGACGAUAUUUUGGUACAAUUAAGAGGAAGGCUUUUUCAUGAAUAAAUUUGCUUGCUUUCGGAGGUCUUGUCGAUCUAAUUGUUCUAUACUGCAAAGUGCUGUUGGUGCAAUUUGAGGGCUUGCAAUAAUCUAUGUUUUUGUAUGUACU